AUGUCUAGUGCCCGCCGUGGUGAAUAUGUCCUUAUUCGAAGUCAAAAACAAAAGAAGCAUCCACAAGUUGUUUAUGCAGAUCCAGACGAGUAUUAUAGUGAUGAGCCUGUAACAACACAAAUUGUAAGAACAAAACAGCCCACACGUCACGUAAAGUAUGUUUCGGCCGAUGAAUCCUACCACCAUCAUCAAUCGAGUGGAGCAAGUGAGAAAGCACGUGUUCAUGUUCGAAAAACGACAAAUGGUGAAAAAGUUUUGAUAGAUGAUGACGAUAAUAUUAUAAAAGUAUUUCGUGAACCAACACCGGAAUCCAAUGUAUCUGAAGGACGACAAAUAAUCUAUUAUGAAACACCCGAGGGACAUUUGGUAACAAAACAACCGAAAAAAAAAAUAAUUGAACAAAGUCAUCCAAAAACAAAAGUUGUCUAUCGUGAUGAUGAACCAACAAAAGUUAUACGAAAAGUUAUUAUCGAUUCAAUGACGGGCGAUAGAAAAACAGUGUACGAAAGAGAAAAACCUAAAAAACAAGUUAUAAUACAUCGAGAUGCAGUGACCACUGUUGAAUCAGAUGAUGAAGAUCAGCAAUCGUAUGUACGCGUUGUACAAAAACGUGUGGAUCAUUCACCUAGACGAGAAGCGAAAUAUGUCAUUUAUAAAGAUCAGGAUGAGCCACAAUAUACAUAUCCAUCAUCGUCCUCAUCGAGUUAUGGAAAAAGUAAUCGGAUUGUCUAUGAAAUACCAAAAAAGACGUACUUGUAUUCAGCUAGUAAAAAAUAUUAUAAAUAA